GCAGACUCAGUGCUCACUGCUGCUUCCACAGACUUACAAAGAUGGGUUCUGAGCUCAGUGCCGAUGAGUUGGCCCUGUACGACAGACAACUGCGUGUCUGGGGCGCGGAAGGGCAGAACAGGAUCAAGCACGCGUCCAUCCUAUUGAUCAACAUGAACGGCGUUGGCACGGAGAUUGUUAAGAACCUGACACUGUCAGGUGUUGGAUCCCUGGUGCUCUGGGAUGACGGUGUUGUAUCUGAGAGUGAUCUCAGUGCACAGUUCUUCUUGAGCGAAGACGAUCUGGGCAGGCAGAAGCUUCCCUGUGUGGAACCACGAGUGAGAGACAUGAACCCAAGGGUUCAUCUCUCAAUCAACACGUCAAAGGUCCAAUUCACAAAGGAUAGAGAUCUAGACUAUUUCAAGAAGUUCCAGCUGGUUAUUGCGAACAACCUGACAGCGUUACAGCUCCUAGAGCUGAACGAAAUCACAAGAGCGUUGGAAAUCUCACUGCACGUGACGUCGACUCACGGGCUGUAUGGGUUCAUGUUCAACGACUUGAUCGUUGACAUCACCACGUACACGAGAAAGAAGAUGCCAGUUUCAAGGAAGAUUGGUGCAUUCUCAGCCAAUAGAGAAAUCACCAAGGUGACGUCGAACUUUGACAAGGAUAAGAACGAAGCUGUGGAGCACUUCACUGUGAAGUCGACUUUUAAGAAGUUCAUCGAUACUCUACAGUCAAAGAACUUGACAACUUUGACAAAGAGACAGAGGAAGAACGUUUCGCCAUUGCUACCUAUCUUCAUCUCCAUUGCGGAGCUGGAAUUGACAAACGUCGAGCUCACUGUGGAGUCCCUCAAGCAAAAGGUGUCUGAUAUCACCACGAGACUUGGUAUAAACGACAUAACAGAUGAGACAAUCUCUGCAAAGGUGUUGAAUUCAUUACACGUCGAGAUCAGUCCAGUUGCUGCUAUACUAGGUGGUGCAUUGGCACAGGAUGUGAUUAACAUGUUGAGUAAAAAGGAACAACCUAUAAACAAUUGGUUGAUCUUAAACGGCGACAACUUUACAAUGCCGAUAUACGAGUUGUGAAUAGAACAAUUGCAUCAUGA